CCGUAACUACCGAAGUAGCUAUAAUCCCUCAUCUCACAAUCUCCCAGGAUAAAAACCUCUACUUAAGCCAGGCAAUCAAUCUAUCAUCGUAUACACGGAGAAUGGAAGGCAUUGAGACCCAAGCUCCCAGCGAAAAGCAGCUCUACGCAGAUGCCGUACUAAUCGGCUCGAAGAACAAAGAUGCAGUAUGGUACGAUAAGACACUUCCCGGGGUCCCCGAAGACGCUCGAGAAGUACUCGAAAACUACUCGCAUGUCCCCCCCAACGAAGUAGACGCCCACGUCCUCGCGAUCAGAGACAAGGCAUGGGAGAUCUACCCAUGGCCAUGCGUCGGGAAAUUCAAAUUCAUACACCUCAGCCUGUGCAAGAUGCCGUCCUACGCAUCUAUGGUAGAGGGUCUCAAGAAAGGGGCCAGAUACCUCGAUAUUGGCUUCUGUUUAGGACAGGACGUGCGCAAACUAAUCGCCGACGGCGCCCCGGGGGAUAACAUCUACGGGAUCGAGUUGAACGGGCCCUUCAUCGAUCUCGGAUACGAUCUCUUCCGGGACCGGGAGACGCUGAAAGCACAGCUGAUGCAAGGAGACGCCUUGGACGCCAGCGAGGAUAGCGUAUUUGCCAAGCUUGCCGGGACGGUGGAUUACAUCCACCUCGGCUUUAUCAUGCACGUAUUCGAUCUCGAACAGCAGCAAUUGCUGCUAGAAAACUGCCUGCGGGCUCUGAAACCCGAAGCUGGCGCGCUUAUCGUAGGAGACGCAGUCGGCGACGUAGAAGGCGUCCUAUCGCCAGCGAAUGGUUUCUGGCACAGCGAGGAUACGUUUAAGAAGCUGUGGAAGGGCAUAUCUGAAAAAACAGGUCAGAGAUACGAUUGCAGAGCGACUCUUGGCCGAUCUUUUGGAGUCCCCGGGUUCGAAAGAGCACAGCAGCUUACUUUUGAGGUUGAAAUCCUAGGGCAUGAGUAAGUUGAAAUUUACCACCCAGCCGAGUUAUUGAUCCCUUGUAAGACCGCCAAGCUGCAUCAACUUGUCUGCAGGUACUCGCCAAGAACCAUCAUAUGCCAUACACGUCUCUCACCAAACAUUAAUAAUCACCGAGGACAACCAGACAGGCAAACAGGUUUAAUAACACACUU